AUGCCCAGGAUCGGGAACCUACCAACAGAGCUGAUCCUCCUAAUCGCCUCAUACUUGCGAUCUGAAUCGUCUCUCGCUGCCUUGGUCUUGUCAAGCCAUCGCCUCUACAGAAUCUGCAACUCUCGCCUUUACCAGUACAAUGUGCUCUAUGGCAACAGCUUUGCUUUAGACUGGGCGGCGGAAAAUGGGGAGAUGGAUACACUACAAAAGGCGCUAGACGCUGGCGCCCCUCUACUGAAGGAACAGGCGAAGGGUAAAUUGAGACGGCAAAGUCGACGCUCCCCCCAAUUCGGCCUUCAAGCUCGGCGUACCUUUCGAGAAUUCCAGGCGCACCCAAUCUCGCUGGCCGCAAGUGCUGGUCAUGAAAAUAUUGUCCGAUACAUGAUCGAUCGCGGGGUGAGUGUUAAUGUAAGUAACCCGGAGGGACACACACUACUAGCGCUGGCUGCUAUUCACGGCGAUGAUUCCCUAGCAAAGUAUUUACUGGACGUCGGAGCCCGGCAAGGCAUCAGGAGCUUUGUGGGCCAUCGGCCUGUGUGGAUAGCUGCGUUUGAAGGGCAUGUGGAUGUGGUUGAUGUGCUUCUGUCGGCUCCGAGGCAAAAUGCGAACGAGCCCGACAAAGAAGAGCUGAUGACGGACGCGUUAUUUGCGGCGGUUUUUGCCGCCCAGCUCCCGGUACUCCAGUUAUUAUUCACGCAUGGAGUGCAAAUCGACGUCCUCGCUCGUUUUGAAAAUACUCCUUAUUUAAUGCCUACGGACGACGGAGAUAGCGAUUUUGUCCCACUACAAAUUGUUGCGCCCGGUGAAGAGCCGGACUUGAUUUUGGAUCAGCAUCGGCCACAGCCACAUGCGCCCUUGAUGAUGGCAACGAGGCAGGGCAAUGGAGAACUUGUCCGGAUGUUGGCCCCCGGAACUGCGAGUCUCAACCGCACCAAAGCGUUGGCCUACGCAGUUUUAUGUGGGAAUAGAGGAAUUAUCGAGAUAUUACUUCAAGGUGGCGCAUCCCCUCAGUUCUGCUUAUCCGAUAUACCGAACUCAUCGGAGUACCGCGAGGAAUGGACGCAACCUCUUCUCUCAGCCGUGCAGAGGAAUGAUCAAAAUUCCGUGGGAUUGCUUCUGGAUUAUGGGGCGGAUGUAAAUGUCCGGCAAGAAAUUCACAGAACUGGCAGACCUUUUGAGUACGCCCUGCUCUGGGCUGUGGAUGAAGUCAACGAAUCGAUGGUCAACUUGCUACUGGAACGUGGCGCAGAUCCGGAUAUCACUGAUAUUCUAGGGCGGCCUGCGCUUACGUAUUCCAUUUUCCGCCAAAAUGAGGCCAUAGUUCGCUCCCUGCUAGAUCAUGGGGCGAAUCCUUACGAGGCAAAGGAUGAUUGCGGGAGGAAACUAACCGGGUUUUGGCCAAUGAGCGAAUCUACCUGGAGGCUGCUCCAAGAGGCAGAAAUAAAAUGGACUAAGGAGCAUCCGUGCUGA